AUGGAGAAGCUACUAUUGGAGACACGAGAGGUGGAAAAAGACAGCACACCCAUUGUUUACGCGACGAAGAAACAAGCUCAACGGCGGAGACUGCCUCGCAGUCCCGCCGAUACCAAUGAGUUGUCUAUUUUGGAAUUGUCAAGGGUUGGGGGUGCCCUUGACAAUUCACUCAUUCAGAGAUAUCCUCCGAAUUCACCACCCCUCAGUGAUAUUGUGGGCGAUGACUUCAACGAUACGCUCUCUGCGUCUGAGAAGGACGGAGGAAACCCUAGACCACUCUCAAUGAUAUUGAGUUUCAUAGAGGCUUUACAGGACUGCAAACUCACUGACUUGGGUUACUCACGAUCAAUUUACACAUGGUCGAAUAAACGAGAAACACCACUAACCGUGAGAUGUAGACUCGAUCGGGUGUGUGGAAAUGACAACUGGCGAUCCCUUUUUCCACAGGCCCAAGUUCAGCACUUGGAGUUUGGAGGGUCUGAUCACGUGCCGAUUUUGCUCACCCUUAAAACCCGGGACACAACUAAGAGGGAAAGGAGACGCCGACCAUUUCAAUUCGAGGCCAUGUGGAUCCGACAUGAAGAUUGUGUAGACAUUAUCCAUGAGCAAUGGAGUGAGCAAACGGAAACUGAUCCGAUCGAAGAUUUGUUGACCAAAACGGAGAGCUGUCGAGCAGCGCUUAUGCGGUGGAGCUGGGUUGGUAUCCACAACCCUAGGAAACGCAUUGCGCAUAUGCAGCAAAGACUUCACCUUUUGAACAUGACAAGGAGCUCGACAGAUGAAAUUAGGGAAAGGAGAGAGUUACAGAUGGAGCUCGAACAUGCCUAUCAGGAUCUUGACACUUAUUGGAAACAACGGAGCCGAGUGCAGUGGAUGAGGGAAGGAGACCGGAACACGGGCUUUUUCCAUGCGAAGGCCAUAAAUAGGAAACGGACGAACUGGGUUCACAAGCUCAAAGAUGACUCGGGAGAAUGGAAAUAA